UUUAAAAAAGCCGGCUAACCCCCGUCCUUUUGCAACGGACAAGCGCUAUCCAACUUCACCACUCUCUUUCAGCACUUCUGCUGCGUCAAGUCCCUCCAAACUUCAUCAUGGGUUCGGAAUUGGGAAUCACCGCCGAUACCAAGGCGGCAAUUGACCUCUCGCCGGUCAGCAUCUGGUGGGUCGUUUGGGGAUGUGCCUGGACGGCCGCCGUAGCCGCCGGCAUGGCAUAUCUGAUCAUCAACCGGGACAUGCCUACUCUUCGAAUUCGAGGCCUCGCCUUGUCGCUCUCUUCAAUCGUUCUUCUUCAUCUUUACUGGUGGGUUUGCCAAUUUGGCACCAUGGUAGGCGCCCUUUUGCCCGGGGACGCCCAAUAUUGGAUCAUGGGGACCUAUCUCCCUUGUGGUAUCGCUCUUUUCCACGCCUCCAAUACUCGUUUCCUCCACGUCGCCAAGCUUCAGCGCAAGUAUGCUCAGCAUGGCUACCGUCUCGUCGACGCUGUGCCGGAUCAGAGACCUAAGACCGGCCUGAUCAAUCGUUUCCGCCGUCUCGACUAUACGACCAAGAUCCUCAUCACCGUGGGCAUUGGAAUGUUCCUCCAGGUCUUCCUGACAGUAUUCAACUAUGUCAUUUCUCGCAAGUGGCACAGCUCCUGGGGUAUCCCAGGUACUGAGGUCCACGGUAGCGAAAUGGCCCAGAAGACGGCUCAGGGUCAGGGAUGGGAGUGGUGGCCUGGUGUGUUCUGGCAAUUCUUAUGGUCUUGGGUCCUUGCCCCUAUCAUCCUCUGGAAGUCGCGCAACAUUCACGACACCCAGGGCUGGCGGGUGCAGACCAUUGGCUGUGCUCUUGGCAGUCUCCACGCUACCCCAAUGUGGCUUAUCGCUCUUUACGUCCCUGGAAUGGCACCGGUCAACAAAUACUUUAUUCCUCCCCAGUGGAUCUGCCUGUCCAUCUGGAUUAUCGAAAUCUUCACUGUCUUCCUCCCUUGCUGGGAGGUCAUGCGUCACCAGUCCCUUCGUCAAGAGACCCUCGACUCCAUCGCUCGGUGGGAGAUCAAGGUCAAGUCUAGCAACUCUGAGAACAAGUCUCUCAACUCAGAAACCACCAUGGUCGAGUCCAUGAUGUCGGGAUGGAAGUCCACCAACGCCUCUAUCAAGACUACUGGCUCGCGCGACAGCAUUCUGACCAUGAGUGCUCUGGAGCACGUCCUGGAGCGCAACCCCACCCCUCUUCAGGAGUUCUCUGCGCUCCGUGAAUUCUCGGGAGAGAACAUUGCCUUCCUCACAAGCCUUGCUCAGUGGAAGAACUCGCUCCCGAUAGUUCUGAAGGAUCCCACUGCCCCCCGUGACGGCAACUCCAAGGAUCUCCUCCGUGAACACUUCAACCUCGCCUUGCACAUCUACGCCGAUUUCAUCAGUGUUCGCCUUGCCGAGUUCCCGGUAAACAUCUCGUCCAACGAUCUCAAGAAGCUUGAGGACAUUUUCGAACGGCCCGCUCGCCUUCUCUACGGCGAGGAGCGCGAGGCCGACCCCGUCAGCCCCUUCGACAAGUUCAACUUCGAGCCCGCGUCGCCCACUGUCUCCGAGAGCUCCGAGAAGGGCAUGACGAAUUGCAUUCGGAACCGCGUCCACUACUGGGGCGAUAUUCCCGAACAAUUCGACGCGACCGUCUUCCAGGACGCGGAGGCGAGCAUCAAAUACCUCGUCCUCACCAAUACCUGGCCCAAGUUCAUCAAAGAUCGCAGGACCUCGAUUGAUUCCUUCGACACCAUGAGGACCAAGACGGAGAUUGUCUAGGAGGGUUUUAUGAGCGACUCAUGAGUGAUUCAUGAUAUGAGCCUGUACCUGUACCUUUUCAGGUGUAGAGUCUUUCUUUUUUACGUUUUACCUUUCUUCGUUCGCGCCAGGUAACUGCGUGCGCCCCCCCAUCUACGGAAGUUGAAGAAGAACCCCCGUAUUUUACAUAUAAUAACUUUUUUUGCCAUUUGAUUGAAUGUCAACAGCCGGAUACCCCCUUAACUUGUUUAUUCUCCUUACGAUUGGAAUCGAUGUUUCUCUCUUUUCGAUGUUUUCUUUUUUCUUGUCAGAUUAUCUGGGCUACUGUACCCUUCUGUUCUGAAGAUUGCUUCGUCUUCUACCUCAAUUGAUAAUUUCCCUUCUCG